AGCCUGGCCUUUGCAUUAGGACACACAGACGAACGAAAGAGACACAUGCUUUUUUCUUUCCCAUAGUUAAAAGGAAUACAAAAGUAGCUUCUCUAUCUGUUAUAUGCAAGAAUCAGAAGACUCAGAAUGAACAAACCCAAAAUAGCCAGACCAGAGGAGAGCCAGCCAGCACAUGCACUGUGGUUUGACAGAAAGAAAUAUGUCACCAUCAACUUCAUGAUUCAGCGACCUAAAGAUGUCCAGGUUGACAUCCAGCCAGACAAAAUCAUUUUGUGCUGCAAGAAUGAGACAGAUGAUGUGUACUACAAUGAGCUGCACUUGUACGACAAAAUCCAGAUCCACGACUCCAGAGAAAGAGUCUACGACCGCACCAUCAAUUUCUUGCUAAGGAAGAUGAAACCUGAUUACGCAUGGCCUCGUCUCCAGAAAGAUCCAGCAAAGCCCAGCUGGAUUUCUGUGGACUUUGAUAACUGGAGGGACUGGGAGCAUGAAGAAGACGAGGGGAAGGAAGAGUACGACAGAUACGUGGAUAUGAUCCAGGAAAUGGCUGCCGGUAACAAAGGAGAAACACCGGACAUGGGUGAUCUCAGUGAUUCUGACUGAAACCUUCAACACUUCAUCACCUCUUUUGGCUAUAAAUGUGUAGCUUGGGAUACUGAAGACAAUGUUAUGUUUGCUGAAGCUUGAAAUUUUUUUCUGAAGAUUUGAUGUGUUAUUGUCCAAAAUGCUGCUUUUACGUGUAAUUUUCUAUGGCAUUAUUUACUGAGAUUGUCCACUGUACACUGGAUUGUCAUUUUAAUAAAAAUAUGUUUGUCAGUCA